AUGUUAACUUCACGACUUCUUCAGAUUGAUAGCGGCAAUCAUUCACACACUCUAAGCACAUUUGAGAUUGUGCGAUUCAUUCGUCUACGUAUGGGCUAUUCCAGAAGAUAUCUACCGUGGUUCGCUUUGUUAGUUCUUGUCUAUGAAGGAAUCAGCAGUGAUUUUUGCCGAAACAACGCUAUUGAAAUUGAAAGAUCCCAUAGAUUUACUUCACUUGCCAAUUUUCUAAAUGCUACAUUCAAUUACAGUAACGAUCCUUGCGAAGAUUUCUAUCAAUUUGCCUGCGGAAGAUGGAUGACCGAAAUAGAAGAACCCGCUUGGAAAAUGGCUGGUGGCGAAUUUACUGACAACAUGGACAAAAUGAUUGCAUUUUUGGAAGCUUUCUUCCUUUCCGAAGAAGUAUCUGGCUCAAAGUCAGUGAAUGCAAUGAAAGAGGUGUACAAGAGCUGCAUGUCAAGUGAUGAUGAUUGGAAGUCGGAUGGAGGAGCUAUCAAGGCAAAAUAUCCAAGGUCCAAGACCGGUGGAAUACUGUACAACGAGGUCAUUGAAGAAGCAGAUAUUGAUCGAACGCACUUGCUUGCGUAUUUCAACAAAAACAAGACUGUGGUCACGUCGAUUCUACCCGUCGUUGGAUUAAAUCAUAAAGCUAAUAUCUCGCAAGUUAUGAUUUCUUUCAGUACUGCGUACAAUUUUCCUUAUUCCGAGCCUAACGUAAUAAGUUAUGGGAAUAGUACCUCUGUGGAUCGAGGCUUUGAGGAGCUUCUGUUCAAAGUGGCACUGAAGGUCUGCAGGGAAUUCCGCGCUAAAUGCAAUGAAAGUUCGAUUCAUCAGAGUGUAAACGAAAUUCUGCCUUUCGUUACAAAGGUCAACGAACUUGAGCCCUAUUUUUCUCCCAAGGAUAAGGAACGAUGGCUUCACUUAAGCGAGCUAAAUGAAAAACUGUCGUCGGUUAAUUGGACUAAGUACUUCAUUAUGACGGCGCCUCCUGAUACGCACAGCUACUUUCUUGCAGAUCCUUUGGUUCAUGUUCCAAGCAUAGAAUACAUGGAACAGUUGAACGAAAUUCUGCAGAACACACCCAAAAGGAUACUAGCAAACUUUGUGAUUCUCCACUACAUCCUUUCAUGGGCAAAAUAUUUAGAUGACGAUUAUAGGACACCACUAAAGCAUUAUCUGGAAGACAUUGGAGUAAAAAACUACCCCACGAAAUCCACUUCUUGCAUCCUUGUAACGAUUAAAAUGUUUGAUGCUGCAUUCACGUCUGUAUAUGGGCGAAAAUUUAAUGGCAUUGCUACCGAGAAAAUGAUAGAAGGAUUUAUUCGUGAGAUACUUGCCGUCUUCAAGGAAGGAAUAAAAGAAAACAAAUGGAUGACGAGCGAGCAGAAGAAAUCUGCAAUUUUGAAAGCAGAACGAAUGAAAAUUUACGCCGCCUAUGAGGAUGUCCAUCUUAAUGACAGUGAACUAGAUAAUCGUCACAAAGAUCUCAUUGAACUGCAACAUCAAAGGUUUCUAGAGGUGCUGGACCAAUAUGACCACCUGCAGAGUAUAUCACUCUUCAGAAGAUUGCUGUACUUUAACGUUGCGGAAGCAUUCGUUCCGAGCCUUUUAGUUAGCAAACAGGAGUUUAAAGGUCCCAGCUAUUUCCCAUAUCUCAACACGAUGGUUAUACCUAUAACCUUCCUUCACGAGCCGUUAUUUCACAGCGCUUAUCCAAUUUCGUACAAUUACGGGUCAAUCGGUUCCAUAAUCGCACAUGAGCUCAUGCAUGGAUUUGACAAUCACGGAAUAAGACUUGAUGAAAAUGGAGAACAAAGGACACUUGACAGUAAUGAUUGGCUAGAAUUUACUAAGGGAUUAACAUGUUUGGAAGAACAAUACAACAACUCUACGAUCCUUGGUAGCAAGUUGAAAGUAAACGGUGUUAACACACUUGAUGAAAACAUAGCCGAUACAGAAGGAGUUAAGCAUUCAUUCAUGGCAUAUAGAAAGUAUCAGAAAGAAAAGGGACACCAAGGUCGACUUUUGACAAUGGAAGAUAUAACGGCAGACCAGUUGUUCUUUCUUGGAUGGGCUGUUAAUUUUUGCGAGAAAUACUACGAGGAGGACUUGACAUGGACUAUCCUGUUGGAUCCCCAUGCACCAUCAAUUCUGAGGGUCAACAAUGUUGUAUCCAAUACAGAAGGAUUUGCUGAUGCCUUCCGCUGUCCACCGAGUUCACCAAUGAAUCCCAAGAAUCGUUGUUCGAUCUUCUGA